AUGUGCAGAACGGAAGCUGAUAUCAAGGUCUACUUGCAAUCAACGACGGCUCCGUUAUGGCCUUUGAUCACUCCUCUAAACCCGAGUAGAAGCCAUACUGAACCUGCAGAAAUGACAGAUAACCUCUACGCCACCACACAACCACCUCUGGACACCUAUUCCGAUGGAGCAUCCCGCAACAAUGCCAGCGGCACCGACCAAGACGUGAUCGAGCGCGCCAAGAUCCGCGAGAUAUGUGAAGGCUGGGGCGUGUACCGUUUCCCGCACGGAGUAGAAAUGGACAACGAAGCCGACUGCCGCUUCUUCUUCCUUCUCGAGAAGCGGGAGGGGAAGUGGGGUGUAGUAUUCUAUACCCUGCUCUUCGACAAGGAUAAAAUGGUGCCUGUUAACCCUUCUCAUGAGAUCCCCAGCAUCCCCGAGGAGGAAGUGAGGAGACAUCCCGCAGGGUAUAGAUAUCUGGCCUGGUGCGAGGCCAAUAUUUCCAAGACGCCGCCGAAGAUGGAUUUGAGUUCUCAUGGGAAGGAGAGGAAUGUAUCAUAUGGGAAGGUCAAGGACUGGUUGGAUGGGAAGGAGGUGAAGCCGAAUUUGACGGGCGAGGAUGUUGUGGAGAAGUGGUGA